AUAAUUUUUUCUUUCUUUCUUAAAACUACUUUUGUAAAGUAACAAAAUCACCCACUUACACACGUACACUAUCUACGUCAAGUGGAGUGCAAAACAGUUCAUAUCCGUGGAGGUCUAGUAAUUUAUUUCUUUUUUUUUUUUGGUCAGGAAGUUUAGAAUAUUCUUAUCAGAUAAUUCUUGAAAUGUAUUCGUUAUGUUAUGUGAAUGCACUAGCCAAAAGAAAAAUAAAUGCAACUACCAUCAUUGGUUAAUAUUCAUGAAACUUAUUCUAUUAAAAUCUUUAUUAUACGAAAUGGUUGAGAAUGUAUUCUCUGGAUUUCACCGCCCGGCCCGUUUGUGACGAGAGAGUAGAUUUCUCAAGUGUUUUGGAUAAGUUUAGUGUUUUUAGAGUAUUAAAAAGUUUAGAAGCACUUUACAAUUAGACUCUAUGGUUGGAUAUGACAUAUCUAUAAAAAUAUUCCGGAAUCUGAAUUUAGCAUUAUAUCACAUAACUCAUUUAUGGUACUGAAAUUUAGUGGACCACAGCUAGGAAAAGAGAAGUAUUGGUGUGAUAAAUAAAGCUCAGGAGAAGUCUGGAUUCCUUAACUCAUUUUAGCUAGCUUCUCUCUCUCUCUUUCUCCCUCUUUCUCUAUAAAUUGAUAAGCAAAUAAGUGCGAGGUAAUUAAGAAACUAGAAGGAAUAAGAAAUGUUGGAGAGAAUAUGUGAAAUGUGGAGAGAAAUGAGAGAUAUAACGGCAAUGGUAGUGGUUCAGAUAGCUUCGGCAGGGUUAAACAUAUUUUUCAAGCUAGCAAUGGAAGAUGGUAUGAACCCAAGUGUACUCGUGGCCUAUCGUCUCUUGUUUGCUACACUUUUCAUGCUUCCUUUGUCCUUCAUCUUUCAAAGGAAGAAGAGGCCAGAUUUUACAUGGAGGCUCAUGUUACUAGCAUUAAUCUCAGGAUUACUCGGUGUGGUGAUACCGAGUAUCCUAACCAUUGCGGGUCUGGCUCUAACGUCAGCAACAUUCACCUCUGCAGCUGGCGUUCUCACUCCAUUGAUCACUUUCAUCUUCGCUGCACUUCUUAGGAUGGAGAGUGUACGGCUUGGAUCGAGCGUAGGGUUGGCUAAGGUUUUUGGAACAUUGUUUGGUGUUGGUGGAGCUCUUGUCUUUAUAUUUUAUAGAGGAAUAGAGAUUCAUCUAUGGUCAACUCAUGUUGACCUAGUUAGCAAACCACGUGACUCCUCACGUGAUGCUACCACUCACCAUAUUUCCAUCCUUGGGGCUCUUCUAGUCUUUGGUGGUAACAUUUCCAUCUCACUUUGGUUUUUAUUGCAGGUUAAAAUAAGCAAACAAUUUGGAGGGCCUUAUUGGAACGCGACACUAAUGAACAUGAUGGGAAGCGUAGUGGCUAUGCUUGUCGCUCUUUGCUGGAAACGCGAUUUGAAGGAAUGGAGAUUAGGCUGGAAUAUAAGACUCUUAACCAUUGCUUAUGCGGCAAUUGUGAUUUCCGGGAUGGUGGUAGCAGUAAACGCAUGGUGCGUCGAGUCUAGAGGGCCGUUGUUUGUAUCAGUAUUUAGCCCUAUAGGACUUGUGAUCGUAGCUCUUGUUGGAUCAUUUGUUCUAGAUGAAACACUUCAUUUGGGGAGCAUAGUUGGUACAGUGAUUAUCGUUGGAGGAUUAUAUCUUGUGCUAUGGGGUAAAAACAAGGAAAUGAAGAGUAUCCCAACGACCUCGAAUCAUAUUGAAACAAAUAAGACUAGCAAAGACAUCACACUCAACAAUCUCCCCACAUUAAGUACAAAUGUCCUUUGAUUCCAUUCACAAAUCAACCAUCAUUUAUAUAUGUUCGUAUUUUUUUUAUUUAGACUCAUUAUAUAUUUGAUUAAGUGAUUGCAGUGUUAACAGUAUUAUUCUAACUAACGAUGAUUUCUUGAACCAUGUAUGUAAGUUAUUUUGUGCCUUUGACCUUUGUACUACCACAUCCAAAAGUUCAUAUGGUCGGAUGUUGCAUGGAUUAUUUUUCUUGA